CUAAUUCAUCAUCGACCUUGCUCAAAUUCAUCAGCCAACAUGUCGUACGAUUAUCUCUUCAAGUACAUAAUCAUCGGAGACACAGGUGUAGGAAAAUCGUGUCUGCUUCUGCAAUUUACUGACAAGAGGUUCCAACCAGUCCACGAUCUCACCAUUGGUGUCGAGUUCGGUGCUCGGAUGGUUACCGUCGAUGGACGCCCCAUCAAACUCCAAAUUUGGGACACCGCUGGACAAGAGUCUUUUAGAUCCAUCACCAGAUCAUACUACAGAGGAGCAGCUGGAGCUUUACUGGUUUAUGACAUCACCAGGAGAGAGACGUUUAACCAUCUGGCGAGCUGGUUGGAGGAUGCUCGGCAACAUGCAAAUCCUAACAUGAGUAUUAUGCUCAUUGGGAACAAAUGUGAUCUUGCUCACAAGAGAGCUGUUAGCAAAGAGGAAGGAGAACAGUUUGCCAAAGAACAUGGCCUGCUAUUCUUAGAAGCAUCUGCAAGAACAGCUCAAAACGUUGAGGAGGCAUUCAUAAAGACUGCUGCCAAGAUCCUCCAGAACAUUCAGGAUGGUGUCUUUGAUGUAUCCAACGAGUCGUCAGGCAUCAAGGUUGGUUACGGGCGCACUCAAGGUGCAGCUGGAGGAAGAGAUGGUACGAUCUCUCAGGGAGGAGGCUGUUGUGGUUAAAAAAUCCUCGAGAGGUGUCACAGUCUCACAUAUCUGCUGUAAUCUGGUGAUUCAGAAACUACUAUUGCUUUUAUUUACCUCUGCAAAUGGAUACACCAGAAUGUAUAGUUUCUCUUUUUUUUUUUCUCUAUUUUCCAGUUUGUCUUUAUCAAAAAAACCCAAACCGGUACAUUUGAGAGUGAACAGCCUGAUCUUUAUAAACCAAACAGACGUUG